CGCCAGUCGCGCUCCUGGCGGUAAUGCGGCGGCUUGGCGGCCAGUGGCGGCGGCUCGGAGGUGGAACGGACGCCCGGGCCUUCGCCCGCCACAUUCCAGGUUCCGAGAUGCCUAGGAAGGCCGGUGCCACGGGCAAGGGUAAGAGCCAGGACCCCGGCCCUCCGCCGCCCCGCGGGCCAGUGGCCGUUGACCCCAAAGGCUGUGUCACGAUCGCCAUCCACGCCAAGCCUGGCGCCAGGCUGAACGCGGUCGCAGACCUGACAGCGGAGGCGGUGAGCGUGAGUAUUGCCGCCCCUCCCACCGAGGGCGAGGCUAACGCAGAGCUCUGCCGCUACCUCUCCAAGGUCCUGGACCUCAGGAAGAGCGACGUGGUUUUGGAGAAGGGCGGUAAAUCUCGUGAAAAAGUGGUCAAGCUUUUGGCCUCCACAACUCCAGAAGAAGUCUUGGAGAAGUUAAAAAAGCAAGUCGAAAAAGAAUAAAAGCAAGACAUGGAAAAUCCAUUCCCAGCAGCAGUUUCAUUGUUAAUGCUGAAGAAGCUAUUAGGUUGGAAAUGCAAAAUGGUAGGACUUUCAAAAGCAUUCUACCCAGGAUAUUGGUACCACUUGGAACAUAUUUGUCUGGUUCUGUGACCUCACAAAGCUGCCAACUGGGGAGAAUGUUAGGAGUGGCUGUGACUAAGCAUCGAGACUUCUCUAAGAUCACAGUCUAUAGGACAGCAUUGCUAAGAGCUUCACGUCUCCAUCAUAAAUGAAAAUGUUUCCACAGCACUUCGAGAAUUUGGGGGAUUGCCCUCUUACCCAGUUUCCAAGUGACAGAGGAACACAGAAAGGUUUCCUGUGCCUUUUAAAUGCCACUGAACAUUUUACAUGAAAAACCAAGAAUAAUCAAGACUUGAAGUUUCAUGUUCCCUCUCCAUUUGGAGACAUCACUCCAGGCAGUCGCCUUCUUGGAUGGCAGCUACAAAUGGCGGAUUUGUAAUUCUGAUGCUUCUCAAGACCCCCAGAAGGACAAUGCAGCCCUUCCAGGGACUCAGGGUAGAGCCCAGGCCAUGUGCCUGAGGCCCUAGGCUCCAUCACUUGCACCAAAAAUAAGAACUAGAGGCUAUUUCCAUUGAGUGUAAAAGGUAGUCAGAAAUUUAUAUCUAUGUAAAAGCUUCAGAAAUGAAUAAUAUCUUGAUUGUAAAUAUUCUGUGCAGAUUCAAGUAAGCUGACAAGAUUAAUAACCUGAUU